AUGUUGGAAGGAGUAGUCGCUAACCUGCUCAACCGGUUCCUGGGGAUAUACGUUAAGAACUUUGACGCAAAGCAGCUCAACAUUGGAAUCUGGUCGGGCGACGUCAAACUACGGAAUCUCGAGCUGCGCCGCGAAGCCCUUGACCAGCUACACCUUCCUCUAAACGUCGUCGAAGGUCAUCUCGGCGAGCUCACAUUAUCGAUCCCCUGGUCUAAUCUACAAGGAAAGCCGGUGAAGGUCGAUAUCGAAGAUGUCUAUUUGCUUGCAGCGCCAAGAGAGGAUGCGGACUACGAUCCGGAGGAGGAAGAAAGGAGAGCGAAUGUUCUGAAGAUGGAACGGAUCGAGAGUGCUGAACUCCUGCGUGAGCGCAAUGCGGAAGGCAUGAGCCAGGAGGAGCAGCGCCGGAACCAGAGCUUCACGCAGAGCAUGAUCACGGCUGUGGUGGAUAAUCUGCAGAUUUCCAUCAAGAAUGUGCAUUUCCGUUACGAAGACUCUAUCGCUUCACCUGGACACCCGUUCGCCGUCGGCUUGACCUUGAAGGAGCUCAGUGCUGUCAGCACAGACGGAGAUUGGAACCCGACUUUUAUCCAAUCAGACUCCAGUGUCACACAUAAGCUGGCUGUCCUUGGAGCGCUGUCCGUGUAUUGGAAUACAGAUGCCACACUCCUGGGAACCGGACGAGGCUCUGAUAUCGGUGCAGAAGCUCAAGGCAUCAGCCACGAAGAAUUAAUGGAGAAGCUCAGAACUGCGAUUGACGCGGACGAAGGAAAUCAGUUCAUGCUUCGUCCCGUAAGUGGGCGUGCUGGUCUUGAAAUGGACAAAUCGGGCAAAUAUGACCGUCCUGCCAUCAAAGCGCGAUUGCUCUUCGACGAGCUGGGUUUCGUCCUGGAUGACAAUCAAUAUCGUGAUGCGCUGAUGCUGGUCGACCUCUUCCAUUACUUCAUUCGCCAUCAAGAGUACAAGAAGAUCCAGCCCAAGGUCUCACCAAAGGAAAAUCCCCGUGCUUGGAUGAGAUUUGCCGGUGAAGCUGUGCUCAGCAAGAUCCACGAGCGCAACAGACGCUGGACCUGGGACUACAUUAAGGAACGCCGGGAUGACCGUAUCGCAUACAUCGCCCUAUUCAAAAAGAAAAAGAAGGAAGAACCCUUCACACCAGAUGAAAGCAAGGAAAUGGAGAGACUUGAGACGAAGCUCAGCUACGAGGAUAUCCGCUUCUGGCGAUCACUUGCACGCAAUCAAUUACGGAAAGAGAACGUAGGCGUCAAGAAACCUGCGGCACAACAAUCAUGGUCUGAAUGGUUCUGGGGCGCCAAGAAGGAGGAGUCUGAGGAGGCCGCUAUGACCGAUGAACAACGACAGGAGUUGUACAACGCCAUCGAUUGGGACGAAAAGAAAGCCAUCGCCGAAAGCGUUGACGUCCCCCGUGAAUGGGUUAAGCUUCAGGUCAACUGGAGUCUGAGGGCUGGCAGUUUCACCCUCAAACGGGACCCCCAUGGCGCGGCCAAUGAAGUCAUGAAGCUAGUAUUCGACAAUUUCCGAGCCAAAGCUCUUCAACGCCCUGAUUCCUAUCUGCUUGAUGUAGACCUUGGAGGAUUGAAGAUGUACGAUGGUACCACCGCUGGAACUCUCUAUCCCCAGAUUGUCAAGGUCAAAGAUUCUCUCCCCGAACCAAAAGUACAGGAGGCAAGUGAAGAAGACGACGACCUUGCUUCGCAAGCAAGUGCGGAUGAUCUCGAUGAAGACAGCCUGUUCCAUCUGCAGCUUGAGAAAAACCCACUCGACAGCGAUGCAGAUUCAGCGGUAAAAGUCAAGCUCAAGAGUAUUGAGGUUAUUUACAACCCCAGGUUCCUUGUCGGCAUUGUCAAAUUCUUCGAGCCACCUGAACGUCAUAUGGAGUCUAUUGGUGCUCUUCUAGACACUGCAGGGGCCACUGUCGAAGGACUGCGACAGCAAACUCGGGCCGGUUUGGAGUUUGCUCUUGAAGAGCACAAGAAGGUUGACGCGCAGUUUGACAUUCAUGCGCCCUUGAUCAUUGUCCCAGAAAGCAUCACUCAACCAAGUUCACUUUGCUUGAUUAUCGACGCAGGUCACGCUAGUGUCAACAGCGAACUGGUCGACCGUCAGGCCAUGCGAGACCUCCAGUCCAAGCAGAAACGGCAAUACGAAGAGGAAGACUACAAGCAACUCGAACAUCUCCUGUACGAUCGAUUCCUAAUCAAACUGGAUUCCACGCAAGUCCUCAUUGGACCUGGCGUUGAUUCAACCAAAGCGCAGCUUAACACCAAUGUCGAAUCCAGAAACUUCCAUAUCAUCGACCGCAUCAAUGUGGAUUUCGCCCUGGAAAUGUGUAUCGUGCCGAAGGUGACCCAGCUUACCCGAACACGUAUUUCUGGACAUCUGCCAGAACUACAUGCAUCAAUGUCAGAUACCAAAUACAAGGGCCUGAUGAAACUGAUCGAUAUUGCAAUCCCGCAAUUCGAUGCAGGCAACACUUCCUCGGAUUCAAAGACUGCAGCCGCAGGCAAGGAAGAUGCAGCCACACGAGCUAGAUCAGCAUCUUUCCAUUCGUCGGCUCUUCGAGAUCUUCCUGUUGUUGAUGAUGACGACGAAGCUGAAAUGGCGAUUGAGCAGUCCAAGAAGACUGUGGACGCUCCUACCAACAUCCAUCGCCGAGACUUCGAAUUCAAGUUCACUGUUGGUCGUCUUCGUGGUUCGCUCUCUCGCUCUGACCCCCAUGAUCCACAAAAGGAUCAUUUGCUGGUUGAGUUGGUUGCUGAAGGGUUCGAGUUGGACUUCUACAUGCGUCCUUAUGACAUGGUUGCUGAAGUUGUCCUGAAGUCAUUGAGCGUAGAUGAUUACAUCGAAGAGAAUCCUGUCCCUGAGUUCAAGAGAAUCAUCUCGUCGAAGGGCUUUGAUGCCGACGAAGACAAGGAUCUCUUCCUGCUGAAGAUGGUGCGGGUCAAGCCUGAGUCUCCUGAGUUCGAAUCAACGUACGAAGGUGUCGCCAUGAACCUUGACAUAUCGGUUUCAACCAUUAACCUUGUCGUGACGAGAAAAACCCUUCUCACGCUGUUGGACUUCAUCUUGCUUACGUUCACGAAUCCUCAACAACCGGCCAGCCAAAGCCUGGAAACUGACAAGAUCAUCGAGGGGACACCCGAAGUGGAAGAAAAACCCCAGCCGGCUGGGAAACUUCGCAUCAGGGCUAACCUGAAGAGUAUUGCACUCAUCCUCAACAACGAUGGAGUCCGCUUGGCAACCUUGAGUCUACAUACGGCCGAUGUUGGAAUUUUCCUUGUGGGUGCCUCUAUGCUCAUCCAGUCUCGGAUCGGCAGUUUGACCCUGGUCGACGAUGUCAAUCUGGGCGCUGCAGAGGAUUCUGAUAUUCGGCGCCUCCUGACAAUUGAAGGAGAUAACUUCGCCGACUUCAAGUAUCAGACCUUUGAUCCUGAAAGCGACACCUACCCUGGCUAUGAUUCGGAGGUCUAUCUGCGGUCUGGUUCAAUCAAGAUCAAUUUCUUGGAGGAGCCUUACCGGAAGAUCAUCAACUUCCUUGUUAAGUUCGGCAAAAUGCAAGCCAUUUUCAAUGCUGCUCGCCAGGCUGCUGCCCAACAGGCCAAUUCGUUGCAAGAGAACGCUUCGCGGAUGAGACUCGAUGUUGUUGUCAAGACUCCGAUUGUGGUCUUCCCACGUGUGAUGAUGGAUGAUCGCCCUCGCGACACGAUCACUGCUCACCUUGGUGAGAUCUAUGCCAAGAAUGAGUUUAUCCCUAUGGACGAAGGAAAGGACAGCCCUGCAGUCAACGUGAUCUCUACCGGUGUUCGAAACAUCCGCCUUACCUCUAAAUUCCAUUUCGAAGAUGGCACAGCUGAAGAGCUUGAGAUGAUCCAAAAGGUCAAUCUCGAGUUCAGUAUCUGCUACUUGGAGCACCAAGCGAACAACCCACGCCCGGAUAUGGAAAUCGAGGGUUCUCUCUCCCCGAUCAAUCUUCGAAUCUCCCAGAGCCAGCUUAAAUUCUUGCUGGAAUUGUCCAAGACGAUACCGGGUGCCUUUGCCACGGAUGCCGAGCAACAAGAACUUGAGGCUAUGGAGUCUCUGCCCUCUUCGGUGACUGAACCCACGAGGGAGGCUACUUCGAAGGUCGUCCAGACACUGCAGAGUCCGGAGGGAACAUCCACCGACGACGAUGAGAACAAAGAGACUUGGGUCCGACUGGACAUGAUCUUCAAGGUCGACAGCGUUGGGUUGGAGCUUAUCCUUGCAAAUGACAACCAGCCCGUGGGCCGCCUGGAGGACUCGAGUCUAUCCAAGUUCUCCCUCAAUGAUACCAGAGUCAAGCUGCGUAUGUUGACAGAUGGAUCAUUGGAGUCGGAGCUCCUCAUCCAUUCAUUCUCUAUCCGCGAUAGCCGCAAGCAGGAUUCCAACAAGUUCAGAAACAUCAUGUCUUUGAUCAACAACGAUGUCCAGCAGCAGUUCAUGGCGAGCGUCUCCAUGUCUCCAGGACCAGAAAAGCAUCUCAUUGCCAUGUUGACAAUUGACAGUCCCCGCAUCAUGUUUGCCUUGGAUUAUCUGUCAGCCUUGCAGUCAUUCAGCCAAUCUGCAUUUGCCUCCGAAGAGCCAGUAGAGGUCGUGGAGGAAGAGAGCGAGACCCCCGAGGAGUCAGAAACAGGUUCCGUUACCGCUGCCAGCUCUGAUAAGGCUAUAACUGAGGCUCCAUCCGGUGAGGCUGCAGGGGCGUCAAUGACCGUGUCGUUCCGGGUAAACCUUGUCGAUGCCCAAGUGAUCAUGGUCGCCAAUCCUACCAUCCCCCACUCUGAGGCUAUCGUUCUUGGUACCAAGGAGGUCCUUAUCUCCCAUCAAAAUGUCUCAACUUUACAGAUUCAGAAGGUAGGCAUGUUCUUGUGCCGCAUGGAUAAGUUUGAGACGUCUCGUCUCCGAAUUCUUGAUGACUUCACGCUUGAAAUGUCUGUCGAUAGCCGAGCGCAAGAAAAGGGAUCUGCCUUGACAUCUAUUGAAGUGCAUCUUGAGCCUUUGGUUCUUCGCUUGUCUUUGCGUGAUAUCCUGAUGGCAAUUCAAAUUGUCAACAAGGCUUCCGAGAUGAGGGCUCAGAAUGCCCAGCAGGCCGAAGGCGGAGAGGUGAAGAAGAUCCCCGACGCCAAGAGCACUAGAGCGCGCUCUGUUAGUAAAACGUCCAUGACUGUUGCCAAUAGGGCUCGGCGUCUGAGCCAAUCUGGCGGACACCACGAUCAAACAGCUACACCACGGAGCUCGGUUGUCCUCAAGCGGGAAGAGUUGUCUGCCAAGAUUGACGGUGUUCGAGUCAUUCUGAUUGGCGACCUCCAUGAUCUACCUUUGCUAGACUGGAGCGUCAAGAAAUUCAACGUUGACGUGCGCGACUGGUCGUCCACUUUGAACGCUGAUACUAACUUCGAGACGUUCUUGAAUGUUUACAACUUCUCGAAGUCAGCCUGGGAGCCGUUGAUCGAGCCCUGGCAACUUGGAUUCCACGUGGCCAAGGAGGUCAACCCGGAUAUCUUCUCUAUCGAUGCAUACUCCCACAAGACUAUGGAGCUCACCGUGACAUCUGCUACCAUUGCGCUUGCCUCGAAAUCAUUCCAGUUCCUUUCUACCGUCGAGGAUGUGCUUUCCAAGCCAAGAGGCGCCGAUGCCCCAUACAGAAUCCGCAACUACACUGGCUUUGACCUCAGAGUUUGGGCCGAUGUUAGUGCUGGAGAGGAUGGACCGGCGGCGAAGUUGAGCGACGGAGAGGAAUCGCCCUGGCGAUUUGAAGACUCCACAGCUAUCCGUGAGACACUGACGCCAGAAGGCCACGGUGGAGUGGUUGGUGUCAAGCUGGAGGGAAGUGGAUUCGAUAGCGUCAGCCGCAUUCCUGUCGUUCGCGAAGGCGAGACAGUGUAUGCCCUCAAGCCGAAGCAAGAGAAUGUCCUUCACCGCCUGCUCGUGGAGGUCAAACUAGGACAAGAUAACGUCAAGUAUAUCACCUUCCGCUCGCCGCUUCUUAUCGAGAACAACACACAGAUCCCCGUCGAACUGGGUGUCUUCAGCCCUGGAGAAGGCCACUUGUUGAAGAUUGAGAAGAUCCUGCCGGGCGAUGCUCGACCAGCACCUGUUGGAUCAGCUUACCUUCAUUCCGUCGUUAUUCGACCUGAUCAGGGCUUCGGCUAUGAUUGGUCAAAUGAGCAACUGUUCUGGAAAGACCUCAUUCGUCGACCCACGCGAACUGUGAAGUGUGUCAGUGAGAGUGGACAACAGGCCCCGCCAUUCUACUUCCAAGUCAAUGCCACCUUUGACAGCAAGGACUCGCUUACUGGAGUGUAUCCCUACAUGAGGGUCCGAAUCUUUGCUCCUGUGGAGAUCCAGAACCUUCUGCCGUACGAUUUCAAGUACCGCAUCUAUGACAAGAAUACAAAGAAGGAUUGGACAAACUUCCUGAGAAAGGGUGGAGUGAGCCCGGUCCACGUUGUUGAACUGUCCCACCUUCUCUUGCUCAGCAUUGAUUUGGAGGAUACAGUCUUCCGACAGAGCGAAUUUGCCAUUGUCAAUGGCAAUGCCCAGGACUACCGCAGGGAGCAUACCUUGUCUCUUAAGGAUGAACGAGGUCUUCAGCUGAAGUUGCAGCUUCACUACUUCAACAUCCCCAACAGUGGCGGUGCUUUCAAGGUUUCUGUGUACAGUCCAUACCUUGUUCUGAACAAGACUGGUCUUCCUAUGGACAUCCAGAGCAAGGCAUUCCUCCAGUCUGCGAGAAAUGCAGCGGGCCAAGGGCUCAGAGUCGACCCCAGAGAGGGCGGCCGUGCUCUGCCAUACAUGUACUCCUAUGCCAACGAGGACCAGAGAAACCGAUCUAUCAUGAAGGUCGGCGACUCCGCAUGGAGCAAGCCCCAGAGUUUCGAGGCUAUUGGUAGUACGUUCGAGGUCGUCUUCCCUGACCGCCAAGGCAGAUCUGAGUUCCAUGCCGGUGUCUCUGUUGCCGAAGGCGAGGGCAAGUACAAGAUGACCAAGGUGGUUACCCUCGCACCGCGCUUCAUUCUGAAGAGCAAGCUCAAUGAGGAUCUCUUGGUGCGCGAGCCGGGUUCGUCCAACGUUCUCCAGAUCCAGAGUGGGGAGUUGGUUCCACUUCACUUCCUUCGUCAAGUCGCAGAGAAGCAGCUUUGCCUCUGUUUCCCAGGCGUCAACAACCAGUGGUCUUCUCCAUUCAAUAUCGCAGACGUUGGCACCGUUCACGUCAAGUUGGCUAAGGCAAAUCAGCGCCAGAAGCUGAUCAAGGCCGAUAUCAUCAUGGAAGGAGCGACUCUCUUCCUGCACUUCAGUUUCGAGUCUCGUAACUGGCCUUUCUCGAUGCGCAACGAAAGUGACACCGAAUUCAUCUUCUACCAAGCCAAUCCCAACGUGGAAGAUGAUGAAGAUGACCAGACUAGCGGCUGGAGACCGAUUCGGUACCGCAUUCCUCCGCGCAGUAUCAUGCCAUAUGCAUGGGACUACCCAGCGACGAAGAACAAGUCGCUUGUGUUGACCUGCCAGGGCAAAGAACGACACAUCAAACUUGCUGAGAUCGGAAAUCUGAUCCCAAUGCGGAUUCCACCAUCACAGCCUGGUGGAUACCAGAAAAUCAUUGACAUCAACAUUGCGGCCGAUGGUCCCACUCAGACUCUCGUGUUGUCCAACUUUAAGCCAUCAAAGAGUAUGUACAAGCAACAAAGAGGGCAGUCCUCACAGACAGGCACCGGCACCGGAUUCGAGGUCAAGGAAAUGAACUCGGAUGUCAAUUUCAAGGCCCAGCUUCGUCUUGGUGGAAUUGGUAUCUCUUUGAUCAACCAGAACCUGAAGGAGCUGCUCUAUCUCACUUUCCGUGAGAUUGAGAUCAAGUUCAGGGAAUCGAAAUUGUACCAAACUCUCAACACUACCAUCAAGUGGAUCCAGAUCGAUAACCAGCUCUACGGCGGUAUCUUCCCCAUCUUGCUUUACCCCAGUGUUGUUCCAAAGACUGGCAAGGAAAUGGAGGCACACCCGAUCUUCCAUACAAUGGUGACUAGGGUCAAGGACGACUCCUAUGGUGUUCUGUAUAUCAAGUACGCCACUCUGCUCUUGCAGCAAAUGACUCUGGAGCUGGAUGAAGACUUCGUCUUUGCCAUGCUUGACUUUGUCAAGAUCCCCGGUGCGUCGUGGACCGAAGAGCAAGAGGGCACACUGUGCGACGAAGACCUCAAUAUCCCAGAGCCUCAACAGGCAGACAACGGUCAAGAUGUGUACUUCGAGCUUCUUCAUCUUCAGCCUAUGCAAAUGGACAUUUCGUUCAUGCGCACUGAGCGCGUCAACGUGGAGGAUGCCAUGCAGCCUUCCAACCCAUUGAUGUUCUUUGUCAACGUCAUGACAAUGUCAAUGGGCAAUGUCAACGAUGCCCCUGUUCGACUCAAUGCCCUGAUGCUCGAGAAUGCCCGCGUUUCCUUCCCCAGACUGGUCGGCAACAUCCGCGCGCACUACACUCAAGAAUUCCUCCGCCAGAUCCAUAUCAUUCUCGGCUCAGCUGAUUUCCUGGGUAACCCUGUCGGUUUGUUCAACAACGUCAGUUCCGGUGUUGCUGCCAUCUUCUAUGAGCCAUACCAGGGUCUGGUCAUGACGGAUCGACCCCAAGAGCUUGGGAUUGGUAUCGCCAAGGGUGCCACAAGCUUCUUCAAGAAAUCUGUCUUCGGUUUCUCUGAUAGUAUGGCUAAGCUCACUGGAAGUAUGUCCAAGGGUCUCGCAGCUGCUACCCUUGAUAAGGAGUUCCAGACCCAACGACGGAUGUCCAAGGUCCGCAAUCGUCCUAAACACGCGCUGUACGGAAUCACGGCCGGUGGAAAUGCAUUCGCAACCAGCUUGGCCAGUGGUAUCGGCGGUCUGGCGCGCCACCCAUUGCAGGGCGCCGAGAAGGAAGGUAUUCAAGGAUUCUUCAAGGGCGUUGGAAAGGGUGUUCUUGGACUUGCCACCAAGCCAGCAAUUGGCGCUUUCGACCUUGCUUCUAAUCUUGCCGAAGGCGUGCGCAACACCACAACCGUCUUCGAUGCAGAGGGUCUUGAUCGCGUUCGACUGACCCGUUUCAUUGGCACUGACGGUAUCGUCCGCCCGUACUCCCAGCGGGAAGCUCUCGGUCAAUUCUGGCUGAAGACAACCGACGAUGGCAAAUACUUCAACGAGGACUACAUCGCCCACCUGGAACUUCCUGGCCGGGACAUGCUGGUCCUAUUGACGUACGCGCGUAUCAUGCUCGUUCGCACAAAGAAGCUCUACACAGAGUGGGAUAUUCGCCUCACAGACAUCCAGACCAUUUCCAAGGAGCGGACGGGAAUGAGCAUUACUCUCAAAGGUGGUGCGAAUGGGCCUUUCAUCCCCGUGCAGGACGAGAGUUCGCGCAACUGGCUGUAUAGGCAAAUUGCUGUCGCGGUCAAUGCUUUCAACGAGAAGUAUAAUGCCAGGGGAUAG